UCCAAUUGAUAUACGCUGUAUAUACACAGAAUUAAAACGAAGGUACUUUUCUAGGAACCUCACUGGCACUUUCCUCUUUCACAUACACCACUCGGCUGGCUGACGUUUUCAAGCAGAUAAAAACCACCCUUUUUACAACACCCACCGAAUUCACAAUCGAUUAUCAAGAACUCAAAUGUUUUUUGUUUACAAUCUACUGUAAAAGCUUUUUGUUAGGUGUGCAUCUCGUUCUUGAUUUCAAUUUCUAGUUUUGCCCUCUUAAAAUAUGGCCGUCUUACCUGCAAAAUCUCUUCCGGUUGGCUACCGAUUUCGUCCGACCGACGAAGAGCUGGUGAAUCAUUACUUAAGGUUGAAGAUCAACGGUUUUGAUAAAGAAGUGAGUUGUAUUCGAGAAGUCGAUGUCUGCAAGAAAGAGCCCUGGGACUUACCUGAUUUGUCGGUGAUUGAGUCCAUCGAUAACGAAUGGUUCUUCUUUUGCCCUAAAGAUCGAAAGUAUCAAAACGGCCAGCGAUCAAAUCGUGCUACGGUGUCUGGUUACUGGAAAGCUACCGGAAAAGAUCGAACGAUCAAGACUAACAGAGGGAGUAGCGUGAUUGGAAAGAAGAAGACGCUUGUUUUCUACACUGGUAGGGCUCCAAAAGGCGAGAGGACUCAUUGGGUGAUCCACGAGUAUUGUGCUACCGAAAAGGAACUCGAUGGAACACAUCCUGGACAGAGUCCAUAUGUGCUUUGUCGUUUAUUCAAGAAACACGAUGGGAAGGACGAAAAUGCUGAAAGUUUAGACUGUGUUGAUGUUGAUCAAAGCGAUGCUUCUCCUCCUUCCGUUGUAAAAUCAUCUACUGAAGAUCCUCAAUCAGAGCCUGUAACCCCAAAUUUGACUGGUCAACCAAACAUUCAACCGUUACUCAAAGAAAAUCUCAAACUUGAAGAACUCAAUCGAACAAAUGACCCUUUGGACUUUCUCGAUCAUUCACAAUUAAUGAACGAUCUUGAUCUUGAUGAAGCUCUACAAGGUUUCUGGGAUGCAUCACCAGACAAUUUCGAUUCAAAACUCUUCUCCCCUUUGCAUUCCCAGAUGCAGUUAGAGCUUGGAUCUGCUUAUAACUACGGAAUGGUAAACUCCGGAACUGGAAUCGUAAAUGAACACUAUGGAAUGCAGAAUCAAUACGGGACAAACGGAAUGGAAUUCUCAAACAGUUUCCUAAAUGAAUCAGAACAGUUUUCAUUUGGUGAUUCACUUGCUCAAGCCUCCAUACCCGAAUUUCACCAAUACAGCAGCGAAUCAGAUGGUGAAGUCAUUCAAGUUCAGCCUAUGAAACUUGAAAAGGUGAGUGAUGAAAAUGUUAUCUUUCAUCUUCCUCAUGAACAUCAAGCACCAAAGGAAGAAUCUUGCAGUAGUAGCAGUAGCAACAUUGCAUUGGCAUCCAAUGGCGAGGGCAAUUCAGGAACAGGAAUUAUAAUAAGGAAUCGCCAACCAAAGGUUGCUAAUGGCAUAAACUUUAGUAACCAAGGAACUGCACCAAGAAGAAUCCGAUUGCAGAUGAAACUACAAGUCGGGUCAGUUACCCAUGGUGGUGAUCAGCAGCCUAUUGUGACUGAGGAAAAGAAGCAUAGCCCAGGUGGUAGUGAUGGUGAAUUUGAUGAAUCUUUGAUAUCAAAUUCAAAUGUGAAGCCAAAAGCUGAUUUCUCUCAUGGGAUGCUAAGUUGGGUGUAUAUGCAUAAGGUGCUUGUGGUUGUAGGGUUGUGUGUAGGGAUUGCUAGUUUAUGGAAAUGUUUGACUUAUUGAGGGAGGGAUAGAUAGGUGAGUGGUUUUAUUGUGGAUGAGUAGUAGAAACUGAUGAUGACUUAUAUAUAUUAUGUUCAUAUGACCUAUCUAUAUCUUUUUGUUUUUUACCCUAGUUUGGUAAAGUUUUAGACGUAUGGUUACUCUGUA